CACCUUUGCGCCGCCUCGCGGGACCACGUGACCCGCGCGGCCGGGGUCGCGAUCCGGGUGCGCGCUGCUGGAAGAGUAGGAGCGCGGAGACCCAAGCGGACAGACUCUGCCCCGGCGCCCGAGCCGCGCGCUCACCAUGGCGAUGCAUUUCAUCUUCUCAGAUAAGGUCAUGCUUCUGUUUGAUUUCUGGAGUGUCCACAGUCCUGCAGGCAUGGCACUCUCCGUGUUGGUAGUCCUGCUCUUAGCUGUAUUGUACGAAGGCAUCAAGGUUGGCAAAGCCAAGCUCCUCUACCACACUCUGGUGAACCUGCACAGGCCUGCCAGCCAGGAGCUCAUCUUGGCAAGAGAACAGGACUCUGUAGACACAGACUCACUCUCGGUCAGCAGAAUGACCUUCAGGUUGGAAAGGAGGUGCACAGAGAGAAGCAGCCCAGAGCCCUGCAGCCUUGGCCUCCAGGUACAGCUGAGAGGGCAUGCAGAUGGGAAAGCAGUUGUGCAACAGAGACAAAAAGACCAACUUUGUUUGGCUGAUGUCAUUUAUUUAUGAAGUAUGUGUAUUGAUUUGACAGAUUUUCCUCUCAUUUGGUCACUUACACAUUUCCUGUGCAGAAAGAGGAGUCGUAGAGGAAAGUUGGGAGUAGGGGAAAGAAACAGAAACAGAAUAGCCCUGAGAAAGGAGAAAGGAUGCAGAAGUUGACAGGAAGCUGGGGAGAACACAAAUCAUAUCAAAAACAGCUUUGUGGCCUAAGACAGUAGACUGACUGGCUUGGGAUGUGACUCCUUUGAAAAAAGAAUUGAAUUCAGAGGCUUGGCCACAUUCUCAAGCGGAAUUCCCAACAUGAAAAAUAACCCAGGGACCAGGGCCCAUACUCACAACCUUGAUUUCUAUUUCUCUCCAUCCUGCUCCUUCCAACCAGGUAGGGAGAUAAAGGGGAUUGAGGAGUAUGAUAGUCUGGACCUUAAGUGUCCCCCAAAGACUCUUUGUUAUUAAAGACUUACUCCCCCCCAACCCCUGCCCACCUUCCCCAGCCUGGUAAUUCUGAGAGACAAUGGAAACUUUAAGAGAUGGAACCUGGGGGAGGCCUUAGAUGGUGGAGGGGACCCCCUAUAGGAGACAGUAGGACCCCACGGCCCCUUCCUCAUUCUCUCCCCUCCACCACCAGGAUGUGGUUUUGCCUUGUUUUAGGCACGAAAACCACAAAGUCAAUUAGCUGUGGACUAAAAUCUCAAACUGUGAGCCAAAAUAAACCUUUCCUCUUUCUAAGCUCAUCAUUUCAGGGACCAUAUGCUAGUAACAGAAAGAUGACUAACACAGGAACCAUGCAGAAGAUUCCCAGUAUUUCUGUGAUGUGUGCUCCUAGCUUUUUCUCUCUGAACUAGCAGGGAACAGGUCCCUUGGGGCGGUGUCUUGUUAAGGUACUUUCUGCUCACUAAGCUCCUGUUGGUCAGAAUCAAGUCUCCAUGCAGGCUGGUCCCAGAGAAGGCAACAUAUACAGAGGCCUGCCUCUGAGCUAACCCCACUGUCUACUGCUAAAAGGAGUUUUACUUCCCCGGGAAUUAGCUAGGUGACUACUAAAUUCUACCAAAACAGGACUUAUGUGUAGCUCAGACCUUCUGUUUUCUUUUAAGCCUCUGGUUCUACCCCCUCGCCAGUCAUACAACUUGAGUUAUAUUAUUUAACCUCUCUGUGCCUCAGUGCUCUGCUCUAUAAAAUGUGAUAAGAGCAUCUACCUUACUAGAUUAGUAGAGGAUUGAGUGUGUGAAACAGUUUUCUCUACACAAGCAAUAGGUGUUGAGGUGGUGGCAGCAUUAAUAGCUAUAAUAUACUGCUAACUUAAAAAUGCCAACUAUACAUAGGCAUCCACGUGAGCUAUUUAUUUUCCUCUUACGUUUAAUAUAGUUUGUACUUUAUUUUCUCAAAGCAAUAUUUA